CUCGGCCGGGACCCUCCCCCGGCCCGCGGCCCAUUCCGCGUCGGGGGAAAAUGUGCGCUCUCGGAGGGAUCCAGGCCCCCAAACGGGACGCCCCCCGCGCCCCCGGGCCUGCCCAGCGACGCCCCCCGCCGCCCCACACUCAUCCUUAACUCUUGCCUCUCCGCCGAAUACUUACGGUCGCCCGCGCGGGAGCCUGCACCCCGCGGGGCCGGCCGCCGCCUCUGCUCUGGAAUUCCUGUGGGGACCCCCGAGCGUCCCUUCCCCCGCCCGCCCAAGUCUGAGACCACUGGCCGACGCCCCCUGCUUGGGGCGGAACCCGAGCUGCGCAGGUUCCUGGCGCCGGGCUGGCUGCCCCCCCUCCAGAUCCCGCAACCGCAGCGCCCCUGCGCAGCGCCCAGCCGAAGCCCCCUUCCAGGCCCAGGCGUCCCCCUCCCACGGGGACUCCGUCUCUAUUUUGGGGAAAGGGGAGGCUCAGCGGAAGCCCCGAGUUAUAAUUAGCCUCACUCGGGUUUCCUAGUUAAUCUCCAGCACCACCACCACCACCCCCCAACCGCAGGGCGGCGGGUGUUGGCUGGGUGAGAGGUGACCGCCGGGAGAGGGGGGGAGUUCCGACCCGGGGAAUUUUGAUCCCUUGGCUGGAGAUGCCGGAACCGCAGCAGCUGCUGCCCCAAAAUAGCCCCCUCGCCCCUGCAGCCGGGGAUCUCCGGAGCUCCGAGAAGUCAGGCGUCCGGGUUCGCCCUUCAGACCCCUCCGCAAGGCCCGCGAGCCUCCAGACCCCCGCCCCAAGUUCCCGGCUCCCGGACUCGGGGCGGGGAGCGCCGUCCUUUUCUCGGUCUCUACCGCCCCCCACUGGCGGCAGCGUGCCCCUCAGCAUCGGAUGGAUGGGGGACUCCAGUCCUGGGGGGGACGGGGCUGACGAGCCUGUUCCCUGAGGCUGGGCGAGGCGAGUGCGCAGCUGACCGGCACCCACGGGUACCCCGUGCCGGACAGCGGAUGAGGAAGGGCAGGGUGGGGCAGGGGGUGUGGAGUAAGCGGGAUCUGGGGUGCCCCGGGACCUGCAGCUCCCACACCCUUGAAUGCCCAACCCACCCCCCAGGGUCCCCGACCCUGGCCAACGCCAGAGAGCCUGCGCCUUCACGCCACCGCAAGCUUCCCCAUCAGCGCCUCCCGUCAGUGAGGGCCCCGCCCCUGUCGGGUGGCCUGUGUGUGGACUGCGGUCUCUGGUGUGGGUGCCCACACUGCUCACGCCGGGCCCAACGCAGUCCACCCGGUUGGGGGAAGGAGAGCCUGCCUGCCCUGGCAGCCAUGAGGCCCCCCUGGUGUCCCCUGUACAUGCCCUCCCUGGCUGCCCCAAUCCUUCUCCUCCUCCUCUUCCUCCUGGGAGGAGGGGCAGAGGCUGAGGACCCAGAGCUGCUGGUGACGGUCCGUGGGGGCCAGCUGCGGGGUGUCCGCCUAAUGGCCCCUGGAGGCCCUGUCUCUGCUUUUCUGGGCAUCCCCUUCGCAGAGCCACCUGUGGGCCCCCGUCGCUUUCUGCCACCGGAGCCCAAGCGGCCCUGGCCAGGGGUGCUGGACGCCACAGCCUUCCAAAGUGUCUGCUACCAAUAUGUGGACACCUUGUACCCUGGCUUCGAGGGCACCGAGAUGUGGAACCCCAACCGCGAGCUGAGUGAGGACUGUCUCUACCUCAACGUAUGGACACCAUACCCCCGGCCUGCGUCCCCCACCCCUGUCCUCGUCUGGAUCUACGGGGGUGGCUUCUACAGUGGGGCCUCCUCCCUGGACGUGUAUGAUGGCCGCUUCCUGGCCCAGGCUGAGGGGACCGUGCUGGUGUCCAUGAACUACCGGGUAGGAGCCUUUGGCUUCUUGGCCCUACCAGGGAGCCGGGAGGCCCCAGGCAACGUGGGUCUACUGGACCAGAGGCUGGCACUGCAGUGGGUACAGGACAACGUGGCAACCUUCGGAGGAGACCCAAUGUCAGUGACUCUGUUUGGGGAAAGCGCCGGUGCCGCCUCAGUGGGCAUGCACCUGCUGUCGCCUCCCAGCCGGGGCCUGUUCCACAGGGCUGUGCUGCAGAGUGGUGCACCCAAUGGCCCCUGGGCCACAGUGGGUGUGGGAGAGGCCCGCCGCAGGGCCACACUGCUGGCACGCCUCGUAGGCUGUCCCCCCGGCGGUGCCGGUGGCAAUGACACAGAGCUGGUCGCCUGCUUGAGGACACGGCCAGCUCAGGAUCUGGUGGACCACGAGUGGCACGUGCUGCCUCAGGAAAGUGUCUUCCGCUUCUCCUUCGUGCCCGUGGUGGAUGGAGACUUCCUCAGUGACACACCCGAGGCCCUCAUCAAUGCUGGAGACUUCCACGGCCUGCAGGUGCUGGUGGGUGUGGUGAAGGAUGAGGGCUCCUAUUUUCUGGUUUACGGGGCCCCAGGCUUCAGCAAAGACAACGAAUCUCUCAUCAGCCGGGCCCAGUUCCUGGCCGGGGUGAGGGUCGGGGUCCCCCAGGCGAGUGACCUAGCUGCCGAGGCUGUGGUCCUGCAUUACACAGACUGGCUGAACCCUGAGGACCCCGCACGCCUGAGAGAGGCCAUGAGUGAUGUGGUGGGCGAUCACAAUGUCGUGUGCCCCGUGGCCCAGCUGGCUGGGCGACUGGCUGCCCAAGGUGCUCGGGUCUAUGCCUACAUCUUUGAACACCGUGCGUCUACGCUCUCCUGGCCCCUCUGGAUGGGGGUGCCCCAUGGCUACGAGAUCGAGUUCAUCUUUGGGCUCCCUCUGGAACCCUCGCUAAACUAUACCGCCGAGGAGAGAACCUUUGCUCAGCGACUGAUGAGAUACUGGGCCAACUUCGCCCGCACAGGGGACCCCAAUGACCCCCGAGACCCCAAAGUCCCGCAGUGGCCACCAUACACGGCGGGCGCGCAGCAGUAUGUGAGCCUGGACCUGCGGCCGCUGGAGGUUCGGCGAGGGCUGCGCGCCCAGGCCUGCGCUUUCUGGAACCGCUUCCUACCCAAAUUGCUCAGCGCAACCGCCUCGAAGGCUCCCAGCACCUGCUCAGGCCCCGCCCACGGGGAGGCUGCCCCGAGGCCCAGGCCCGGCCUUUCCCUGCCCCUCCUUCUCCUCCUCUUCCUCCUCCUCUCCCGACUCCUGCGGCUGUGACCGAGGCCACUUACCCCUCCGGCCUCAGGGGGCCCCUCCUCUAAUGAGUGGUCGGACAGUGGGGAAGGGCCCCACUCAGGGAUCUCCGACCCAGCGCACCCUCCUUCCUCAAACAGAGAGACUCAAACUGGCCAGUGCUGCGAGGGGGGUGGUGACUUACGACCCGUCUCAGGGACCCACACGACUUUGUUGUUUAAAUGGAAUUAUUUGGAGCCUGAGCUGGGGGGGGGGGGGGGGGGGCGGAGAGUGAGGGCCAGGAGCUAGAUAGCACCCCCCUGAGGGGCUAUAACCGUCAACCAUUUCUGUCUCUUCUCUUUUCCCCACCAACCCACGGAUCCUCCCUCUUCUGAUCCUUGCUGCCCCCCUAUCUUCCGGUCAUUUUCUCCUCCCUCCGCCUUCCUUCCCGCCAUCCUUCUCUGGCUCCGCCUCCACCCUCAUCCUUCCUCUGGUCUUCGUCUUUCGCGUAUUCUUCUGGUCCUCUUUCCACCGUCCUACGUGCCAUCCUGCGUUCUCCUUGUAUCCUCCUGAACUCACGCCCCCCACCUUGUACGUUCCCCGACCUUCCCCUUGUCCUCCUCCAACCCAUUUGCCGGGCGCCCUGG